UUUUAAAUUUUACCUAUUACAUAUCUAUGGCUCUUAAACUUCCCAAAAAUUCUUCUCUGACACUUUGUUCCUCUACCAUGACCCUUAAUCCUGACUCAGCACCACCGCAUCCUUCACCGGAUUCCGCCACCGUCAACGUCAACGGCGCCGCUACCUCCGAGGAAAACCAACUUGCGCAACCAUCAUCACCACCACCAUCAUCAUUAUCAACAUCACCAUCACCAUCGUUUCCAAGUCCACCGCAAGAACUGCGAGUUCCAAUAUGGUGGUCAGAAGAUGGAAAUCUCAGCAUCGAUUGGAUCGAGAAUCUGAUGGCAUGCUUCGAUUGGUCUUCGAGGAACCUCCCUCCCUCGGAGUUCCCUUCGGUUCUUCCCGUUCAAGUCUUCGACUCUCUCAUCCUCGUCGCUUCCAAGAUGCUACACAAGGAACCAAAUUGCGUGCCGGUAGACCCCUUUCGCCCUAACUCCGAUUCUUCCGCCACCGUCGUGGUGGUUGGGGACGUUCACGGGCAAUUGCAUGAUCUGCUCUUCCUUCUACGAGAGGCCGGUUACCCCUCCCAGGAUCGAAUCUUUAUCUUCAAUGGCGAUUAUGUCGAUCGAGGUGCUUGGGGCCUUGAAACUUUCUUGCUCUUGUUGGCGUGGAAGGUAUCCAUGCCGCAUAACAUAUAUUUGCUACGCGGGAAUCAUGAAUCUAAAUACUGUACUUCGGUUUAUGGUUUUGAGAAAGAGGUAAUGGUAAAGUAUGGUGAUAAAGGUAAGCAUGUGUACCGGAAAUGUUUGGGAUGCUUUGAAGGUCUUCCUUUGGCUUCUAUUGUAGCGGGUCGUGUAUACACGGCUCAUGGAGGUCUUUUCCGCAGUGUAACUGUAACGCCAUCAAAGAGAUUAAAAGGAAAGAAGAACCGUAAGAUUAAUUUUAAUCCUGAUAGCAAAAUUCUAUCUCUUGGAUCGUUGGAAGAAUUGUCUAAGGCUCGACGAUCAGUUCUUGAUCCUCCUUGGGAAGGCUCAAACUUGAUUCCUGGUGAUGUUCUGUGGUCUGAUCCAUCAAAAACUCCUGGUCUUGCUCCAAACAAGGAAAGAGGAAUUGGCUUGUUGUGGGGUCCUGAUUGUACUGAAGAAUUUUUGAAGAGGUACCAACUAAAGUUGAUCAUCAGGUCACAUGAAGGUCCUGAUGCUAGGGAAAAAAGGGAUGAUUUUGAUGGAAUGGCUAAUGGUUACACUAUUGAUCAUGUUGUGGAUUCUGGAAAGCUGGUCACCCUUUUUAGUGCUCCUGAUUACCCACAAUUUCAGGCAACAGAGGAGAGGUAUAACAACAAGGGUGCCUAUGUGGUCCUUGAACCCCCAAAUUUUGACGAUCCAAUAUUUCAUGGAUUUUCAGCAGUUACUCCAAGGCCGAAGGUGAAUGCCUAUUACGAUUAUGAAGAGGUGAUAGACUCCGAUGAAGAAUUGGACUUAGCAUCCAUGGUAACUGCCUGAGGAAUUUGAGAGAAGAAAAUGUUGGAAAGUUAUCAGAUUUGUAAAAAUUAUAGUUAUUUUUUGAAAAAAUUUCUUAUUAAAUUAUAGGGGGAAUAUAUUUCUUAUGUUGGGGUGGGACCCAUUAAGAAAAAGAGAAAAAAAAAAAAGUGGAUCUCAUUCACUUUUUGUUUGGAUGAGAUAAUUUUUGUAUCAUGCAAUAUGAGAGACAUAUUUUUCUAAAUUAUAAUUAU